AUGUCUGAUUCGCUGGCCACGCUCUUUGCACAGCCCUCCAGGAUCGACAACAAGGAGCUGGUUGCUCGCAAACGGACUCUGGUUGAGCUCCCAAAGACUGAAGAGGAGGAACGGGCGCUGGAGGCAGGACAACAGCCGAAUAAAAGAGCAAAAAGAGCUGCAGAUUUUGCUAAGUCUCGCAAAGAGGAGUCUUCAGCCACUACUCCGACCCCCAAAUAUGAUCCUGCCGCUGAGAAGGAGAAGAAUAAGCGCACGAUUUUUAUUGGAAAUUUACCUACAGCCAUCAUGGCUUCCAAAAAAGCUACCAAGGAACUGAAGGCUCUUUUCAAGCCUUUUGGCAAGAUCGAGUCCAUGAGAUUCAGAUCUUUUGCAGUCCAGUCCAAUCUUCCUCGAAAAGCUGCCUACAUUUUGCAUAACGUGAAAGACGACGAUACCACCAACUGCUACAUGGUGUUUGAAAAAGAGGAAGAUUCGUUUAAGGCUGUGGAGUUGAACGGAACCGUGUUCAUGGAUCACCAUCUAAGAGUUGACCAUGUUGCCCGGCCCUUGAAGCAUGAUAACAAACUCUCUGUUUUUGUUGGAAAUCUUGAUUUUGAGGAGACAGAGGAAUCCUUGUGGAGAUUCUUCAACGAGACGUGUUCGCCAGAUAAGUCGAAUGUCAUUGCUAAUGUGCGGCUAGUUAGAGAUUCCAAGACCAACUAUGGGAAAGGGUUUGCGAUUGUACAAUUCACAGAUACAAACUAUGUUUCUAAAGCAUUGUUACAAAACAAAAAAGAGCUCACAACAUCGAAGAAACCUAGAGAGCUUCGCAUCACGCGCUGCAGGAACCAGGCUGUGGCUCCAGUAAAGGACAGAAAACUCGGAUCGGCUGUGAAAGCCGGCAAAGUGGUCCUGGAAGGUGAGAGAGCCAAAAAGGGUACUCGUGUCAAGGGUAUCAAGAGCGGUGGUCACGCAGGCGGUAAAAAGAAGCCAAGAAACCCUGAGGGAAGAGCUGCAAGAAGGAGUAAGGAGUUCAGGAAAAAGCUGGGCGCUGAAUGA